UGCACCGGCCGUUUCACCAUUCCUCGAACACCAUCAUCCACAAACACACAAGUACAUCUCGAUCGAAGCUAGCUAGACUAGAGCACGCACACGUACGAUCUCGUCCAUGGCGGGCGUCGCUCGCAUGCUCGCGGCCGUGGUCUGCGCGAUCAUGCCGGCGGCGGCGAUGGCGGCCGGCGGCGUGGGCGCGCUGGAGCCGAGCGGGUGGGUGAGGGCGCACGCGACGUUCUACGGCGGCGCGGACGCGUCGGGAACCAUGGGCGGGGCGUGCGGGUACGGCAACCUGUACGCGCAGGGGUACGGCACGAGGACGGCGGCGCUCAGCACGGCGCUGUUCAACGACGGCCUCGCCUGCGGGCAGUGCUACAAGCUCGUCUGCGACCGCAAGACGGACCGGACGUGGUGCAAGCCGGGCGUCUCCGUCACCAUCACCGCCACCAACUUCUGCCCGCCCAACUGGGACCUCCCCAGCGACAGCGGCGGCUGGUGCAACCCGCCGCGCCCCCACUUCGACAUGGCCCAGCCCGCCUGGGAGAAGAUCGGCAUCUACCGCGGCGGCAUCAUCCCCGUCAUCUACCAAAGGGUUCCUUGCAUGAAGAAGGGCGGGGUGCGGUUCACCAUCAACGGGCACGACUACUUCCAGCUGGUGCUGCUGACCAACGUCGGGGCGGCCGGCUCGAUCAAGGCCAUGGACGUGAAGGGCUCCAAGUCGCCGGACUGGAUGGCCAUGGCGCACAACUGGGGCGCCCAGUGGCACUCGCUGGCCUACCUCACCGGCCAGGGCCUCUCCUUCCGGGUCACCAUCACCGAUGGCCAGACGCUCGUCUUCCCCAACGUCGUUCGCCCCGGAUGGAGGUUCGGCCAAACGUUCGCGAGCAACAUACAGUUCAAGUGAGCCACCUGAUCGAUCGAAGCUUCUAUAUAGGCGCAGCUAGCAUCGUCGUGCAUAUGCGUGAAGGAUUUAAUUUGGCGUCCAAACUUUAUAUAUACUUCUUUUCCAAAAUGAUCGAUCACUCUCUCAAUUUGGAUGCUGAUGGGGGUUGAUUUACUAUGGUAUUGUGUAAUUAAUUACCAGCCUGAAACCAACAUUUUCAUUGGGCUUUUGUAUGUAUGUGCGAUGUACAUAAAGAGUUCGAUCUAAAUGAUUCUUAUGGAAGUAUGAUUAUCACGCGAUUUGAGUAAA